UCACCUCACCCUGUCAGGCUGCGGCCGGCGCCGCCCUCCUCGCCGUCGCCCUCCUCCCCGCCGCCGACCCGCAGACUCCAGGCGCGCGCGGCAGCCGUCCUCCUCGACGCCGCCGCCGCCCGCUUCUGGAGUCUACGCCGGCGCCUGCUCGCGCCGCGGCCGCCGCCGUCCGUCCCUCGCCAUCAGGGUUAGUGCAUGGCAGUCACACCACAUCAUCGGCUAUAUGAAUUCGCCAAGACCGCCCUUAUCAAAAUAUUUGCAUUCCCUUAUGCCACGGUCUGUGAUCUGUAUUGCGAUGGUGGGGUCGAUACAGACAAGUGGGGAGAUGCCCAAAUUGGUCAAUACAUAGGGAUCGAUGCCUCUGCAUUGGGUGUCAAUGAUGCUCGUGAGCUGUGGGAGAGCAAAAGGAAACCUUUCACUGCUGAGUUUAUCAAGCUAGACCCUUCUGCCGAUGACUUUGAAGCUCAAAUGCAAGAGAAGGGCAUUCAAGCAGAUAUAGUUUGCUGUAUGCAGCAUUUGCAGUCAUGUUUCCAGAGUGAGGAACAUGCACAAAAGCUUCUGAAUAAUGUAUCAUCAUUACUCAAACCUGGAGGCUAUUUUGUUGGCAUAAUUCCUGAUUCAUCUACAAUAUGGACAAAAUAUCAAAAGAAUGUUGAGGCGUCACAUGGUAAGGUUCAGGGUCUGAAGGCAGUUCCAAAUAGCAUUCGCUCAGAGAACUAUGUCAUCACGUUUGAAAUUGAGGAAGAAAAGUUUCCGUUCUUUGGAAAGAAGUACCAACUCAAAUUUGCAAAUGAAUCAAUAUUUGAGAAUCACUGCCUGGUCCACUUCCCUAGCCUUAUGAGAUUAGCAAGGGAGGCAGGGCUUGAAUAUGUGGAGAUCCAGAAUUUAACUGAGUUUUAUGACGACAACAGAACUCAGUUUGCUCCAUUGCUUGGUAGUUUUAGUGCCAGUUUGGUGGAUCCACGUGGAAAGCUUGUUGCUCGUUCAUAUGAUAUUUUAGGUUUGUAUUCAACUUUUGUUUUCCAGAAGCCUGACCCAGAUGCAAUACCACCAAUUGUAACACCGGAAGUGCAUGAUCCUGAGAAUGCUCAAGAAGAGCAGGAAUGGCACUGGACGCAGCAGGCACCAAUGGACGAUGGAAGGGUCUCACGUACUGAUGUGCUUCCUCCCAUGGAUAAUGAGAAAGGUAUCCUUGGUCCCGGACCUGCAGAUAUGAGGCUUUAGUUCACUGGAUUUUCGCAGAUAGAAGCAUAGGCGGACUUGGAGCAACGAAGCUCCUGCAACGGUGGUUUAUGUAUGCUUGAUGUACACGUAGUUUCAAAUGCAUAGGUAUUUAUUUAGAGCUCUAGUUAUGAUAACACUUUUAGUUAUCCUUGCAAAGGUAGAAUUAACAUCAAUAUUAGAAGAUACUUUUGUAGAGUAGCUUUGCAGAGAACCCUUUAAAUAUUCUUCAUUCUGUUGACUGGAGUAUUACCAUCUACGACUGACUCGGUCCUACCAAGCUUAUAUUAUUCAUCAGUACAUAAUUCAUUUCUUUUGUG